AGAACCGCAGCGUCAGAGAAGCAGCAGGAGAAGCCAGGCGGGCUGCCUGGAUUACAGAGUUGGCAGGUUCUUCUAAAUGAAUGUUCUGUUCUGGUGCCAACUUCCAAUAACUUUGAUGGCUUUUCCUCACAUUGCUGCUCCUUAUUGAGAACUGUUGUUAGGCCAUCUGCUCAUAUGCUGGAUUUUCUUCUGGUCUGGAGUAACAGAAAUAUAAAUUUCAGCUAUGGAACUUCUUGGCCUUGAUUGGAUACUGUUUUCGUCAAGGGACAUCGAUCAUAACUGCAGCCACAGGUGCUGAUUCACCGAAUUUCUCUCCUGCGGAUGAGGAGCAAUAUCUCCCCCAAGGUGGGAAUACUUGGGAACAGGCGAAGACAUGCCCUGCCCACGUCGCUCCCAGGCUACCAGCGAUACCCCACGAGAAGACCUCUUCUACCAAACCUACUACAGCUUGAGUCAACAAUACCCCCUGAUUCUUCUAUUGCUUGUCAUCGUCUUGGGCAUCUGCAUAGCUUUAAUUGCUACAUCUUUUGCCAGUGGCAGGGAAUUCUCCUCCAACUUGGGCUUCUUAAUCACGUUAUUUGCUGCUCUGGCUGUUUUUGGCCUCAUCCUGGUCUUCGUGUGCAUUGAGAGUAUCUUUCAGCGAUGCACUCGUGUCUUCUCAGCCAUCAUCUGGACCUGCCUCAUUACCAUGGGCUACGUCUUUGUCUUCACUGGAGGAGUGGUUAGGGCCUGGGACCAGGUCUCCUUCUUCCUCUUCAUCAUCUUCACUGUCUACACCAUGUUGCCCAUCCGAAUGCAAGACGCAGUGGGUGCUGGCUUGGCCUCCUCCCUCUCCCAUGUCAUAGUCCUGGGUGUCUACCUCUCCACUGGGCGUGGCUCUCAGGCAGAGCUGGCCUUGCAGCUCCUGGCCAACCUCGUCAUCUUUGUCUGUGGGAACUUGGUAGGGGCCUACCACAAGCACCUGAUGGAAGUGGCCCUGCAAGAGACGUUUCACGAGACCUUCAACCUUAUCCAGUCUCGUGUCAAGCUGGAGUCAGAAAAGAAGCAUCAGGAACACCUCCUGCUCUCCAUCCUUCCUGCCUACAUUGCCUUGGAGAUGAAGGCAGAAAUCAUAGAGAGACUUCGGGAUGGCGGCCAAGCCCAGAGGAGGCAGGAGAGCACCAACAACUUCCACAAUCUCUAUGUGAAGCGGCACAAGAACGUCAGCAUCCUGUAUGCUGAUAUUGUUGGAUUCACGCUUUUGGCCAGUGAGUGCUCCCCCAAAGAACUUGUUCUGAUGCUCAACGAACUCUUUGGAAAAUUUGAUCAAAUUGCCAAGGACAACGAGUGCAUGCGGAUCAAGAUCUUGGGUGACUGCUACUACUGUGUCUCUGGUCUGCCUGUCUCGCUGCCCAAUCAUGCCCGUAACUGUGUCAAGAUGGGGCUUGAUAUGUGCCAAGCCAUCAAGAAGCUGCGUGAUGCCACUGGCGUGGACAUCAACAUGAGAGUUGGGGUCCACUCAGGAAACGUUCUUUGUGGGGUGAUUGGACUCCAGAAGUGGCAGUAUGAUGUCUGGUCAGAUGAUGUGACAUUAGCCAAUCACAUGGAAGCAGGAGGCGUGCCAGGCCGUGUCCAUAUCACAGAGGCCACCUUGUCGCACCUGGAUGGUGUCUAUGCAGUCGAGGAAAUUUGUUGCUGGCCCCGUGACCCGUACCUGAGGGAGAACAAAAUCAGAACCUUUUUGGUCAUUGACCCAAGGGCAGAAGAAGAAAGCACCCACGACACUCUCUCACCUGUGUCCAGUGAGAGCUACAAAAUGAGGGCCUCCGUCCGGAUGACUCGCUACCUGGAGUCCUGGGGGGCAGCCAAACCCUUUGCCAACCUCAAACACCUGGACAACCCCCCAGAUUCAGCAGGAUCUGUCAGGAACAACCACUCGGAGCUCUCUCUGGGGUCUUUGAACCAACAGAAGACCUUGGAAAGGGGUCGUGUCCCUAAAAGCCCAGAUGAAGAUUUGGAAGGCGUGGAUGAGAAGUUCUUCCAACUGAUUGAACAACUUAAUUCACAAAAACAGUGGAAGAAAUCUGAAGAUUUGAACCGCAUCACGUUGUACUUCAAGGAGCGAUCCCUCGAGAAGGAGUACCGACUCUCGGCACUUCCGUCUUUCAACUACUACACGGCUUGCACCUUCCUGGUUUUUGUUUCCAACUUCCUCAUCCAGAUCCUCGUGGCCUACAAGACAGUUGCGUUGGGGGUCUCCUAUGGAAUUUCGUUCUUCCUCUUCAUCCUCCUCCUCCUCACCUGCUUUGCUGGCCACCUGGCAAAGUGCUUCCUGAAGGGUCCAAAGGCCCUCUACUGGGUGCCGUCCAUCUCCGCUGCAGUUUGCACCCAGCCGUGGCUCCGUGUCUCCCUGGGCAUCGUCACGAUCCUUGUUGUCCUCACCAUGGCGGUGCUGAAUUUGUUCUUCAUGCCAGAUCCCUGGUGCUCCUCGCAACGGCAAAAUUCCACCACAGUGGUCAUGUAUGUCAAACAAGAGUUUAUUCAGAUGAACUCUCUCUUCAGCGUGCCAUAUUACAUCUACUGCUGCAUCUUGGGAUUCCUCUCGUGUUCUCUCUUCCUGCACAUGAACUUUGAGCUCAAGCUCACGAUGUUGACCCUCUGCCUCGUGGUAUACAACGUGCUGUUCCUUCACACCCAUUCGUGGCUCUCCGACUGCUAUGUCUCACGUCUGUACCCCAACCAAACAGCCCUGAGGCCUGGAGUGCUGAAAGAGCCCAAGACGAUGGGAGCCAUCUCCUUCUUUGUCUUCUUCUUCACGCUUUUGGCUCUAGCCAGGCAGAAUGAGUAUUACUGCCGCCUGGAUUUCCUCUGGAAAAAAAAGUUCAAGAAAGAGCGCGAGGAGAUUGAAACAAUGGAGAACCUCAACCGUGUCUUGCUGGAGAAUGUGCUUCCAGCCCAUGUAGCUCAGGAAUUUGUUGGCCAGAACCGGCGCAAUGAGGAUCUGUACCAUCAGUCUUGUGAAUGUGUCUGCGUUCUGUUUGCCUCCAUCCCCGACUUCAAAGAGUUUUAUUCUGAAUCCAACGUCAACCGAGAAGGCCUGGAGUGCCUGCGGCUGCUCAAUGAAAUCAUCGCUGACUUUGAUGAGCUGCUCUUGAAGCCCAAAUUUAGUGGCGUGGAGAAGAUCAAAACCAUUGGCAGCACUUACAUGGCGGCCACUGGCUUAAAUGUGGCGGCUGGUCAGGACAGCCAACAGGAUGUGGAAAGGAGCUACGCCCACUUGGGAACCAUGGUGGAGUUUGCCAUGGCUUUGGCAGCCAAACUUGACAUUAUCAACAAGCACUCUUUCAAUAGUUUUAAGCUGCGUGUGGGUAUCAACCAUGGGCCGGUUGUGGCUGGAGUGAUUGGGGCUCAGAAACCCCAAUAUGAUAUAUGGGGGAACACGGUGAAUGUGGCCAGCCGGAUGGAAAGCACCGGGGUGCUGGGAAAGAUACAGGUUACAGAAGAAACUGCCAAGGCCUUGGAAACUCUGGGUUAUACUUGUUCCCUUCGUGGGAUUAUAAAAGUGAAGGGCAAAGGUCAAUUGCGAACAUACUAUGUCUGUACGGAAUUGUCCCGGUCUGGCCCGCAAGCUCCUCUGCUGAGCUGAGCCCUGGGAAUGAAACCAUGACAAACAACUGUCUUGUGGGAACUGGUGCAGUCCUUUCCUCCUGCCACUUGGGGCAGCAAGGAGGCUCGAUAUUGACAGACCUCUCUAGCGCUUGAUUCCAUGCAAAUCUUUGUGCUCCAAACCUGAUUUGUGAGCUGCCAAAAGGACUCUACCUGCAAGUAUGGACUGAAUACAGAAAGUGGCCUUAAAAGGACUUGGGGAAGAGAGUUCUUAGUGGGCUUGCCCCACCUGAAAAACUGUGUGAGCUAGAAGAAACAGCUUAAAGUUAAUUUGCCCGUUCUGAGAGAUGCCCUCCAUCUGCUCCCGCUACAAGUAGUAGCCGAUGUCCUUGCUGGUUUUCUGGAUGGAUCUUACUUCUGCAACACCUACCCGAGGGACUUCAGAGGCGCUAAGUAGGACUUUGUUCUGGUCUAGAAGAAGCUUCUCACUCAAGCUUUUCAGAACCCUUGCUUGGGCAUCAGUUGAUCCUACCCAGAAGGACACCUGUGACCCAUUUACUAAAAAGUGCUUGUCUAAGGAGCCCUACUUGAUCACCUUUGUUGCUUCUUCAACGAGGCCACUUUUCUCUGCCACUGAGCCCUGAACAUCAUCUCCAGAAGCUUUAUAAUGAUGCCUAAACUUCACCCAUUCUCAAAUAUCAGCCAACUGUAUCAUGGUUUCUUGGAACUUUGACAGACUCUUCAACUCUAGAGAAAGAGUUGGGUAGAGAUGCGCGUUGUUUGGGAGAUGGUACCUGCAGCCAGUCUCUGAACAUUCAUGCCUGAUACUGAACAAGAAAGGGGAUCAUUUGGGGGGACUGUUGUGAGUCUUAAAAUGAUGUUGUCCCAGUGAAGUGUAAGCUUUUAUCACUGGUGAGUUCAGUAGUGUAUGUGCAACAUCCAUUUGGUUUGGGUCUGGUAUUAGCUUGCCUUAGAGUGCAAACACAGAACGGUUGCUUUCUGAGCCUUUUCAAUCUAGGCCAGCUCCUCCUCAAUUCUCCCCUCCUUAUUUUGCUUAUGGUUUGAGGUUUGGCAGUCCCAUCAAACGGCAUCCUGGAAGCACAACUGAUGUGGUCGAGGUGACUCAGCAGUGCUGUGGUGAGCCAAGAUGCCAAUCUGUUGUGCUUUCAAGAUGUAGAUUUGAAUUCUUAUCUGGGUCAUUUAUGAAUUGGGAGACAAGACCAAGCUCAGUGGAAGAUCACUGUAGAGUAAGGUCUCGGAUCGCCCCCUGAGAAUAUUCUUUGAAAUGAGCACAGGAAGCAAAGCUGGAGAGAUCUUCUCCUGCCACCCUGGAGAUCCAUUGUGAGGUCAGGGAUGCAUAAGUCAAUCCCCUGAAUCUUAAUUACUGAGAACAAACUUUGCAUUGGAUUCAACCCACAUUUUUGCUUGUCAAAAAAAGAAGGAGGGGAUCCUUUUGACAACCUGAAGAGGCCACACUGCAAAUGUGGGGACCUGCAUGGAGAAAAGUCACGUCAGAUGAGGGUGUAGUCAAGAGAAUAAUUGGGCAAAACUGAAUUUUAAAAGGGUCAAUAGGUCUAACCUUUUGGCUGUACCAUGGGCUUUGUGUAGUCUGCUUGAAAUAAUGUUGGAUGUACCACAUUUUUGAGUUCAUAAAUUGCUCUAGGUUUGCUGGAAGCAAUGCAUAAAAACCCGGGCUAUGCACUUCCAGAAUUUCAUCUGGCAGCACAAGAGGAGAGUACAACUCCAGAGCCAUCCCUGAGGACCCACUGUGAGAUUAGAAGGGACCCUCUGAUGCAGUAUCCAAGGUGCCCGCCAACCCGUGGACCACACAAAGCAGAGCUGCCCCCUUCCUGCUUCCAAGGUGAAGGUGAAAGAUGUUUCCCCAUAGUUCGAAAAUCUAAUGUAUUUAAAUUCUUGCUGGAAUAAA